AUGUUACACCAUUUUCCCAGCACGUGCUGUGCAAGUGCGUAUUACACUUCCAACAUGAUACACAACAAUGCACCACUACACAAACGCGAGGCGAAUACAAAGGAGCGAUACGAUAGCGAAUACCAAGCCUACUGCGUUGCGAAAUCAAUUCAAAACAACAAAACCGAAACAGAAGAGAAGGCUGGCACACCGGCUCCUUUAUAUAGCCUGAGCUCGAGUCCCGGAGCUCCGCGGGAGACGGCAGCCAAUGGGAGAGCUUGCUGGUAA